AUGGUUUUGUUUGCUGAGUUGCAGUUCAACCUUGAAGAAGAAAAUAUACUUGAUGAGUUACUCAUGUCGGGUAAACAAUUGAAGAUUCUUAACUCUAAAAUGAAUUAUAUUCUUCAAUUUUUGGUUGAUAUUGGUUGCAUGAACUCAGUUAGUAUUGUUGAAGUUAAAUAUCUACUAAAGUCCCAAGAAUCUCGACCAAAAAUCUUCAUUGAAAAUGUUGAUAAGAGACAUGAAGAGAGGAUGGCAACUCAAUCUAUAAAUUUCGAUCAUGAAAUUUCUAAACUUUUUCAUGUUGCGAAAGAGCAUCAUGAACUCUUUAUGAAACAAGUGUCUGAUAUGAAAGCUUCUCUUGAGCUCUAG